UUCUUCAUCAAGAAUGGAUCUCUCAAUACUAUUUUCCUCUCUACUUCUCUCUUGUGUCCUGUUUGCUAGCUCUACCGACGCAAAGUACAAUGCGGUAUUUAGCUUCGGCGACUCGUUCGCAGACACAGGAAACUUCGUCAUCCUUGAAAGUCAGUUGUUACCGGUUAUUCCUAUCGACCUACCUCCAUAUGGAAUGACUUUCUUUGGCCACCCUACCGGUCGAUGCUCUAAUGGCCGUCUAAUCAUAGAUUUCAUAUGUGAGUCUUUAGGGCUUCCUUUUCUUCCACCAUCCUUAUCACAUAACGAAAGCUUCACUAAAGGCGCGAACUUUGCCGUCGUCGGCGCAACGGCACUCGACCUCGCCUUUUUCCAGGAGAACAACAUCACCGGUAUUCCUCCGAUCGACAGCUCCUUGAGCGUCCAGCUCGGGUGGUUCGAUGCACUGAAGCCGUCGCUCUGCAAAACGACCCGAAAGUGCAAGAACUACAUGAAGAAGUCUCUCUUCUUUGUGGGGGAGUUUGGAGGAAAUGAUUACAACUUUCUACUAACAUCAGGGAAAACAUUAGACCAAGUAAUUGAAACCUACGUGCCCAAAGUCAUUGAUGUCGUUUACAAAGCUGUUGAGAAACUGAUCGGUGAGGGUGCGGCAACGGUGGUGGUGCCGGGGAACGUACCAACGGGGUGCAUACCAGCAAUCCUGACACUGUUUGCGAGCCCGAACAAGACCGACUACGACCCGCAAACGGGCUGCCUCAAGAAGUUUAACGAGUUAGGAAAGCACCACAACUUGCUACUGCUGAAAGCAGUGGAGCAGCUCCGAAAAAAGUACCUGUACGCACGGAUUAUUUAUGCAGAUUACUACGCCCCGGUCAUUGAAUUUGCCUCCAAGCCCACACAAUUCGGAUUUAGCAAUGGGGCAAUUAAAGCUUGUUGUGGAGGAGGUGGACCUUACAAUUACAAUGUAAGUGCAGUGUGUGGCUUACCUGGUGUAUCCGCAUGUAAAGAUCCAUCAACUUAUGCAAACUGGGACGGAAUCCACUUAACUGAAGCUUCAUACAGCCGCAUUGCUACUGGUUGGCUCAAGGGACCCUAUGCCCAUCCACCAAUACAAAAUUUGAGUUACUAAUUAUUAAGAGCCUGUUUGAACAUUGGAAUAAGUUAUCUGGUGAUAACAAGUAUAUAUAUUAUCAGAAUGUCUUUUUGUGAACGUCGUCGAUGAGUGUGCUUUUUCUUUUUUUAACAAGGACUUGGUAUUAGAAUAAUUCAUUUUACCAAUCAAGGUAAUUAUAUUGUUAAUGAAAAAUAAUAAAAAUUUUGAGUCAGUGUAGUAUGUCUUUGUUAAA